AUGAAAUCCUCGAAAGUCAUUGAUUUCAGCGACUCUAGUCAGAAUCUCUAUGCUUCCGUGGAUAGUAUUGAUGACGGUGGAUCGCAAAACAUCUAUGCUCCUCAGAUGUUGCCGAGUUUCCUGCCACAGAACCAAUUCGUGCCGGUGUCGUAUGGACCGCCACCGUAUGCUCAACUGAUGGAACCACCACGUUUCUGCGCCAAAUGUGGACGAGAUGCCACACAGGAGGUGGUGGGUGGCACGGAGCCACCACGCGAGCAGAAGAAUCCCUUCAGCCAGACGGAACGUCGAAACCCAUUCCAGCAUAAUCCAUUCCAAAAGGGACACGAUGAGAAACGUCGUGCCCCGUACGCCAUACGUGACAUGUGGAAAGACGGCGGCGAUGACGGCUACGGUGGAAAAAUGCGAAAAGAGGACGAGACGAUGGAUGGACAGGAGUGCGGCUGGAAACCAGGUCGUGGAAGUGGGCGAAAUCCCUUUUCAACACCGGCGAACAAUAGCCCGAACCAGUACAAGGGUCGUGAGCCAAGGGAUUCAGAGCAACGUGAGAAAUUCCGUAAACCGGCGCCACAGUGCCCACAGUGGGAGGACCGUCAUCAUCGUGUCAACAACAACUGUCCACUAUGGCAUCCGUACAAGAUGUGCUUAGUGUCUAUCCAAAUUGUCGUUCGCGGCGCUUGGAUUGGUGGCUAUGCUCAUCCGCUUCUGUAG